CCCGGCUGGGCUGGUUAAAGGCAGCAAACUUCCUCUGGCAGCCCUAAUCCGAGCCCCGCACAUCACGGGCACUGGGAGCCACCGGCACAUGGGAAGCUGCAUAUGUCUGGACCCAGCCACCCCUGCCCCUCCCAAGCCGCGCUCCUCCAAGCAGGGAGGGAGGACAGCUCUCCUUGCCUUCCAGCGGCUGGCGUUGGCAGAGCUGCAGCGGCUCCUGCCUGCUGCCUGGCUGAUGGAGAGAUUAUUCCUAAGCCCUUCCCAUCCCCCCUUGCAGGACCACGCUGGUCCUGGCUGUCCUCAUAGGACUUGGAGCGCAAAGUCCGCCUCUGAGGCAGGACUGGCCCCACUCCCUCUAGCGCAGGCCUCCAGACCCUGGCCUCUCAGGAGGAAGGGGCUCCAGGGUCAUCCCCAAACCUGCCCACUGCCCUGGGGCUCCUCUGCAGAUGCCCGAGAGAGAUGCUCAACUUCUGGUUUCCGGAGGAGGCCAGAGUGGAGACCGGCACUAACUCUGCCAGAAACUGCUGCACUGGGGAGUUGUUCCCUCCCCUCCCCCUCCACCAGAGACCUGUCCCUUCCCCGGGCACCAGGACAUGGGCUCCCUUCCCUCAACUAAGAAACAGCUGCAAGCAGCCUCCCGGAGACAAGAGGGCUGCACUCCUCUCCUUUGCUGUGACUGGCUGCAGAUUUAGAGAGCCCUGAGUGGGGCCCGGAGAAGCGCUCCAGCUGUCACUCUGCACGUCCGCUGGAAUCCACCUGGCUCUGAAAUUGAGAGGAGCUGUGACUUCCACUCAGCCACCUGAUUGGACUUCACCUGGAAUACAGGUGAACCCCAGCUGCCCACCUGAUAGCCUCCAGGAUGCCCACACUUUCCAGAGGCGGGGGCCUGCAUCCCCGGCACCAUCUCUACAGCGACUGCAGCCCCCUGAGCCAGCCCCUGCAUGGCCCCCUGGAGCCUCGGGCAGUCAAGGGCCUUUACUACUGCAGGGCACGGAGGCUGGGUGCAGUGGACACCUGCCCGGCUGCCGACCUUAAGAAGGAGAUCCUGGUUAAUGUGGGAGGCCGGAGGUACCUGCUGCCCUGGACCACGCUGGACGCUUUCCCGCUGAGCCGCCUGAGCAGGCUCCGGCUGUGCAGCAGUCUGGAGGAGAUCGCACAGCUGUGUGACGACUACGACGCCGACAGCCAGGAGUUCUUCUUCGACCGCAGUCCCAGCGCCUUCAGCGUGAUCGCGAGCUUCCUGGCGGCCGGGAAGCUGAUGCUGCUUCAGGAGAUGUGCGCACUGUCCUUCCGCGAGGAGCUGGCCUACUGGGGCAUCGAGGAGGCCCAGCUGGAGCGCUGCUGCCUGCGCAGGCUGCUGCGGAAGCUGGAGGAGGCGGCCGAGCUGCGCAGGGAGGAGGCGCUGCAGCUGGGGCGCCAGGCCGCGGGACCCGCGGCGCGCCCCUCGCGCUGGGGCCGCUGCAUGAACCGGCUGCGCCAGAUGGUGGACGACCCGCAGUCCGGGCUGCCCGGGAAGGUCUUCGCCUGUCUGUCCAUCCUCUUUGUGGCCACCACGGCCGUCAGCCUGUGCGUCAGCACCAUGCCAGACCUGCGGGCGGAGGAAGACAAGGGUGAAUGCUCUCGCAAAUGCUAUUACAUCUUUGUCGUGGAAACCAUCUGCGUGGCCUGGUUCUCCCUGGAGUUCUGCCUGCGGUUCGUCCAGGCCCGGAACAAGUGCCGCUUCUUCCAAGGACCCCUCAACAUCAUCGACAUCCUGGCCAUUUCCCCCUACUACGUGUCGCUGGUGGUGUCCGAGGAGCCCCCGGGGGACGGCGAGGGACCGGGCGGCAGCUCCUACCUGGAGAAGGUGGGGCUGGUGCUGCGGGUGCUGCGUGCGCUGCGCAUCCUCUACGUGAUGCGCCUGGCCCGGCACUCGCUGGGGCUGCAGACGCUGGGGCUCACAGUGCGCCGCUGCGCCCGCGAGUUCGGCCUGCUGCUGCUCUUCCUGGCCGUGGCCGUCACUCUCUUCUCCCCGCUGGUCUACGUGGCCGAGAACGAGUCCGGACGGGUCCUGGAAUUCACCAGCAUCCCUGCCUCCUAUUGGUGGGCCAUCAUCUCCAUGACGACGGUGGGCUAUGGAGACAUGGUGCCCCGCAGCGUGCCCGGCCAGAUGGUGGCUCUCAGCAGCAUCCUGAGCGGGAUCCUCAUCAUGGCCUUCCCGGCCACGUCCAUCUUCCACACCUUCUCCCACUCCUACCUGGAGCUCAAGAGGGAGCAGGAGCAGUUCCAGGCUCGCCUCCGCCGCCUGCAGAGUGCCCACGUGGCCAGCGCCAGCGAGCGGGAGCUCCUGGCUGACGUGGACGACCUGGUCCCCGACGAGGGCCCUGCCCUGCCCGCUGUGUACCUGUAGCUCCGUGGCAUCGCGUGUGUGUGCAUGAGUGCGGCAUGUGGCUCCAGCCCAUCGCUCUUGCCAGAAACAAGCUUUGUCUCUAGAGGCCCCCGGAGCGCUCCCAAAGCAGGGCUGCAAGGCCACAGAUGUCACCGGGUGGCCUUUGGUCCUCCUGACCUGGAAGACCUGGGGCUUUAUCUGUGUCCUCCCCCUGCCUGUCUGUUCAGUGCCGCCCACCUGGCCUGGCAGGCUCUUUCCCCAUCUGCACUGUUUCUUUCCCUGCAGAGGCUGUGCAUGCCCAUGAGGGGUUUCCUGUGGCACCUGCAGAACCCUGUCUUUCCUCGGAGCCUCUCUCCUGGCUCCCCGAGGAGGAGGGCUUUCUCUGGGCUCACCACCCCAUGCUGUUUCCUGACAAGCCUCAGGAAGCAGUAAACCGAGAAGGCUAAAGUGGCCUCUUCCCAGUUCAUCCCAGGUCAGGAGCUGGUAGCUGCAAGCCUGCCCCCAUCCACCCACAUACCCAGGACCGGGCGGGAUGCUGCUCCCCAGCACAGAGACUCCCAGGGCCACUGCACUCCUCUUCCUGCAGGGACUCAGCUUCCUCUUCAGUGCAGAACCCAGGGCAGCCUCAGCAUCUGCCCCACACAGGCUCUUGGACCAGGCCCUGACCCAGGGCACGGAAGUACCAUGCCAUUUCCAUACAUUUGUUCAUGUGCAGAGAAAUUCCACCCUGCAUAGCCCACAGAGGCCUCUGCUGGACAGCAGAGCAGGGACACUAAGCAGCCGGGGCCCAGAGGGCUCCCCAGAGACACGAGGCAGGUGGGGUGAGGAGGGAAUUCGGGGUACAAAGCUAGAAAUGGGGUCGGGGUGCAAGGAUGGUGGACCGCAGUGCUUGGUGGAGGGCAGAGUUGUGUCUUCACAGUUUGGUGAGGAUGAUGGUGACGCUCAAAGGGUUGCAGGCUGGGAGGAGGGAAGGGACUGAGCGUUAUAGGGAGACCUGCAGGGCCGGCUCCUCCCUGCAGACCUACGUGGGCCAUGUCCUCUAUGGCACUUCCCAGAAAUGAUGCGUCCGCACUGUCACUCACGGUUGGCUGAGAGUCCAUGGGAAAGGUGGCCAGGGUACUAAUGGGUGAGUUGGGGCCAAGGAACCUGGCCUGGAUGGAUGGGGUGCAUCAAUUACAGGUAACGAGUCCUUGGAAUUCCUCUUUACUAAUUUAUGUACUUAUUUUGGAGCUGGGGAUGGAACCCAGGACCUUGUCACUGAGCCACACCUCCAAUUUUUAAAGUUUUUUUGAGAUGAGAUUUUGCUAAGUCAUUAAACUGCCCAGGCAGGGCUCUGCUUUGUGCACCUCCUGCCUCAGCCUCCCAGAGUGCUGGGAUAACAGGCAUGGGCCAUCGCACCCAGCUUUUUCUGCUAGUUUUUAGCAAAGACUCCUGCAUCUUAUGCAAGCUUCCUGACCACAGGGCAAGGCCAAAGGCACUGGCUCAGGAAAGCACUGCAUCUAGCUUGUAGCUGGCCCUGGUCUCCAGGGGAGCCCUGGCUCCCUCUGCUUUCUCCUCGUAUCCCCUGGCUGACCCUGGCACAUGGGCCUAUCCCUUUAGAACCCCAGAGUCUGUGGGACACCCAGACGGUGACAGUCCUCUAGGUAAGCUCCUUGUAUAGUGGGUCCCACAGGGGAAGCUCUGCACCCUAUCAGGUCAGCCCCGGCCCCAUGUCUCUGCUCUGAGAAGUGACCAGCAGGGUCUUGUAUUCUGGGCACCUUGGACAAUAGCCAUAUGAGUCUUGUUCCAGGAUAAUUUGUGUGUGUGUGCAUAUGUGUGCAUGUACGUGUAAGUAGGAAUCAAACCCAGGGAUUUUUACUGAGCUACAUUCUUUCCCUUUUCUUUUUUGGAAUGAGGUCUCAGUUGUCCAGAUUGGGCUCAAAUUUACAAUCCUCCUGCCUCAGCCUCCCAAGAUGCUGAGAUUACAGCAUGUGCAAAUUUUUUUAAAAAAUAACUACUCUUUGGCAAACUAUUAUUCUCUCACUGGGAGUUGGACCAUUUGGGUGCCUCCUGGGACCCCUGGUUUUUACUCCUUUGCAUCUCCAGGCAGCCUUCUUUCCCUCGAUGUGGGUUUGGCCAGCUGCGUGGUUUUCUGGCUGGGGUUACCCCAGGCGCUGGCAGGGGCUGCGGUAGGUGGGCAUAGCAGUCCAGCCAGGGGGAGAGCUCUGCAUCCUGGGGCACAGCAUAACAACUGCUGAUGUUUAGAAGAACCUGAAAAUUUCUGGUUGCCCUGUUCCCCGCCCCCAGCCAGUGCCUAUCCACAGCCCCAGGACCUGAGGAAAAAGGCUCACCUCCCACGGGAAGCAGAGGAAAAUCUCCCACAGCCACCAGAAGCCCCCAGAACUCCCCGCUCCCCACGUCCGCCCCUCUUCUGACAGAGGACGUUGUCCAAGCAGCGUGCCUGAUGCAGUAAUUCCUAAUCACCCUCUGCCCCUCGCCGGAACCAGCCUGAACUGGCUUCCGCCCAGGCAGCCCCACGAAGGCCUGCUGAGGCAAAACAAAAAGUUUAAAAUCAACACUGGGUGACCCCAGCAUCCACAGGAUGAGAUUCCAUAGUGUCCCGACACGCCCAGUUGAAUUCUCUGCUAAAUUAGAGGCGGAAAAUUGGAAUUGAUUGCUUGCCUGUGGGGCUUAAUUAAAAGCUCUAAUUUUCCUCCCGGGUACUGUCUAGAGGAUGGGUCUAAAUUGGCUCUGUCUCAGCUUGCUGAGCAGCCUCUCCUCCUUGUGGUCGGAUGGGCGGGAGAGAUGAACAGAUGGCUGGCAAUGUCUUCCUCCCCGCAGGCCGGAGAGGUCCUGUGAUUUCCAGAGGUUCCCCCUCCCUCUGAGGCCAAGGGAUGAGAUUUUCAGCUGAAGCUAGAGGGAAAAUAACUCCUUUCCCCUGGCCAUUUUCAGGUUGCGUAGACAGACGUGGCUCCUAGGUGUAAUUAACGUUUUGGUUCAGUAUAUUUCUAGCCAGAGUUGAGCCCAAGCAAUAAGCUGAGGACGGCUGAGUUUACGCUUCAAGGGUGAAAGGAAUUCAGGUGGCAAUUUGACUCUCGUUUGACGGCUUCUGGAAUGUUCUGAGGUCAGAAGACAGUCAGCCCAUGUAGGGAGCAGAGAUGAGGGGCAGAAGAAGAGACUGUGUGAAUUUCAAAGGACCAAGUGUGCAGGGCUUCAUUCAUUUCUGAAAAGCAUCAACAACCCUCUGAAAGGAUAAGAUGCUGCAGUAAAUCAGCUCCCUCGUUUUAAGACUGAAGACCAGAACUCGGAGAGAGAAAGCCACCUGCCCGGGACCACACGGUGGCUCAGCUGAUGGGAGCCAAGUACCCUGCUCCCCACAGGGCACCCUUCUUAAUGUAUCCGCUGUGGCUCUGAGGCUCGUCCGAGGCGAGGCACAAGCCCUGGAAGAAAACAUUCAAGCUGAGUUUAAAACACUCUGUGCUGUGCUCUCCCGACUGAGGAAGCGGGGUUGUCUUGGGGUGUCCCUGGCACCUUCUGGCACCUUGACCCUCCUAACCACUUGACCAUAGAGAAGCUUUCCCAGCCUGGGCCUCGUGGGAUUCCGGGAACAGUUUAUAUCACCAAUGGGGGCAGCAGCGAACAGGGAGGGGGUGAGGAUGGAGCCACUCUUUGAGCCCUGCCUACCCCCAGAGAGGCUCCUAUGACAAAGCUUGGCAGUGGUUCAAGCACAGAGGGAAGCUCACUGCGGUCGCUUCCUGCCUCUGCCCCCUAGCUCUCCCCCGCCCCUCACAGGUAUGGCGUCGGCACCCCAGAUGGGGCCAUGAGCAGUUUCUUACGAGUCCCUCUUUUCCUUUACACUGAUGUGCCAAUAAGUUUGUUUUCUGGGGGCUGGGGAUUUGGCUCAGCGGCAUAAGCGCCUGCCUUGCAAGCAGGCAGUCGUGAGUUCAAUCCCCGGUACCGAUAAAAAAAAAAAGUUUGUUUUCUGAAUGAUUGCCAGCUGCCGAGAGACCAAUCAAGUCUGCCUCGUUUUAUUUGGAAAAUGUCAAAGCACAAAAAUGUUGUGAGAACCAUAUGGACAGAUAAAGCAUCCCGAUACACCUUUUUUUUAAAAAAAAAACACGUUGACCCAUUUGUUUUGAGCUUUUUCCUAUCCACAUUUUAGUUUUGUACCCUUAGAGCAUUCCCCUGAACCACUUGAGAGCAAGCUGCCCACACCACGGCCCUCUACUCUCCAGACUUUAUUUAUUUUACUUUUUUGUACUACCAAAGAUGUGUUUCAUUGCACAAUAAUAAGGAGUCACGGGCUUGGAAUAUGCAAAAAUACCAGUACAUGAUAAAAUAUUUAUUAAUUUAAGUAUAUCGGAAGACGAUCACCUACGAGCCUUCCAUCUCUCAGAGGGAACACCGUGUGGUUUGCGUCCCGCCCUCAGAACUGUAGAAUGUGCUGCUUGCAAGAACCAGCAGGCACCCUCUGCCCAGGGAUUCUUAAUCAGAAGUGUUUGUGUGGCCCCAAUAGCUCGGGAACCUUCCAAGUACGACACAUCUGAUUAUUCCGUCAGGUUCCCCUGGGAAUCUAUGACCUCCUCCUGCCAAAAGGGCAGAAAGCUCAGAGGUAAGCCAGCUCCCUCCUCUGAGGUGGGAGAGCCUGAGGACUGCGGUCUGUGGAUGCCAAGCCCAAGGUCAUUGCCACCCAGAGCCACGAGAGGUCAUCUGCCAGAACACACUGAACAAGGUGUGAUGUUUGCUCCCGCCUGUCCGUUGGCCUGAUACCCCCUUCACGGCCCUCUCCUCCCACCCGGCACAGAAUCCAGGAUCAGAUAUGACUUCUCCUUGUCCUGCUGAAGUCUGGACCAGUUCUAUGGCUUUCCUUUAACUCUGACGACAUGAAACCAUGGGUGACCACCUCAUACACCUCAGCCUGAGCAGAACGCUCCUCCUUUUCCAUCUGACAUCUCCCCAUGCUCGGACUGAGGCUACAUGCACUGGGUCAGGACACUGAGUGUGCUGUGUCCCUCUAGGACGUCACAUCUAGGGGUACCGUGUCCUCCACAGCCCUCUUCCUGGGAAGCAGCCCCACGAAACGCUGGCAGGGAUCAACCACUGAAAAGGGGGAGGAGAGGGAUACAGCAGCGCUGGCCUGGCCUAAAGACAAGUAAAAACCAAACGAACCCUGGUCCUCCUUGCAGUGCAGCCAUCCAGGUAGAAUGUGCCUGCCUAGCUGACCACAUGCCCCCUCCCUGGGCCACAUCAUAGAAGGACAGCAUUUUCCCUGUGCAGGUGGACCAGUCCCCAGGGCUCAGCCUCUCGUCUCCACCUGUGCCAAGGAGGCGACUCUGUUCUGCCCUUAUCCCAACCUGGCAUCUUCACAGAUGCUUAGGGAUAAGAAGACCAUAGUGACCACUGGACCCAACCUGCCCAUUUUACAGAUGCAGCUGAGAAAGCCCAGAGAAGGGAUGGAACUCACAGGACACAGUCAGGGCCGAUCAAACCGGGACCAACCCAGCACUGGGCGCCCAGCCACACCAGCCUGUCUCUCAGUAGCGCCUGCUACUACCCAAAGGGCACCUCCAGGAAUGUGACAUUGGUUAAAAAUGAAACAAAAGGUGUUCACUUCGGGAGCACAGACACUAAAAAAUAAAACAAAAGGAGCCAGCCCCACUCUGCAGCAGCCGUUUCCAGAGACACCGUGUGACCGUCACAACUCACCUUUGCCUUGUGGGGAACAAAGCCAAGGGAACACCAGGCUUCAUGUGAUGCAACUUGGGAACCCGUCCCAGUGUCCUGAACUAAAAUUAGCCCAUCUUGCUGCUUCCCAAGUUCCCAUUGUCCUCGGCUGCUGACCAGGCUGAACAAGGUCCCCCAGGGACCAGUGGCAGGCUCACCCAGCACCUUGCAGGGUGAGCUAUUGGCCCCUUCCCUGUGCACCCCUGAGAGAAACAUUAAAUGACAUUAAGAAGUA